AGGGGAUUGUGGUCGCAAACACGAAUCACAUGGCCGCUUACCAGUAUCAUGAUCGGGGGUAUGGGAGAGAGUUUGGCCGUCGGUCACUCACGUGGAAUAGAUGACGGAGAAUCGCAAAGGUAUAUCAGCAGCAUCUGCUGCUGCGAGCUUUAGGAACUUUCUGCGAACGGUAGGGAUCAGCCAAGUCACCGACAACAUCCUCAAGUCUCCAGAGAUCUCGUGCCGCCUUCCUCCACCAUGAAGUUCUCUCUGUCUAUCGCUCAAGCCUUCUUGGUGGCCCUUGUCGCCUCGGCCCCCGUCGAGAUCUUGGAGCGCAAGACAUACGGAACCACGGCCAACGAGUACACACAGGGUACUUGUAAGAGUGUCAUCUUGUUCUUCGCCCGUGGAACCACCCAAGCCGGCAACCUCGGUGACAUGCCAGGGCAGCAAUUUGCGACCGCCCUCAGCAACGCUAUUGGCACAGACUUCGCGGCUCAGGGCAUCAGCUAUUCGGCCAGCCUUGUCGGAAACCUGGCAUCCGGCGGGUGCCCCGCGGACGAGGCCGAGGACAUGGCUGUGCUCAUCACCCAGGCGGCGACCAAGUGCCCGAGCGCCAAGCUCGUGGUGGCCGGAUACAGCCAAGGUGCGGCGAUGGUCCACCGUUCCAUCGAGCAGCUCUCCGCUGCCACCGUGGCCAAGAUUGCCGCCGCCGUAACGUUCGGCGACACGCAGAAACAGCAGGAUGGUGGCAAGAUCCCCAACAUUGCUGUUGCCAAGACGAAGAUCUACUGCAACUCGGGCGACCUGGUGUGCCAGGGUACCCUCAUCAUCACCAGCGCUCACGGCGACUACACUUCCAGCGUCAACCCUGCGGUUACGUUCAUUAAGACUCUUUUGUAGGAUUGAAAUCAAGAAACCGGUUGAUGCCUUGCUUAGUCUCAUUGGAUAGUCAGUCCUCGGGUUUAUUCAACGUAUAUCAUGGAAGUCUGAAGCAGCCUAUACCAUGUUGGCAAGACUGUAGAUUCCCUCAAAACAUUCCAGUGGUUGGGGUUGAGGUUGAGGUUUAUAUGAUUGCGAAGUCUCCUAGCGCUUUUGAUGCUCUAUUAGCAUUGGGGUAGUCUGAAGUUGCUUAAAAUCAAACUCGAUUGCCAUGUUGCAAAGUCAAAGUCUCGCGAAGCGUUUUCAAUUGCUACGUAGUUCUAUCAUAGAUUAGGUAGGACAAAGUUGAAGUCUAGCAGCACCUAUACUUUCUCAGCUUCU